GAUUAAGUCCGAGGGAAUUAAUUUAUGAUUGAUUGAGGUCUGAAAAAUGGGGGAUAGAAUUGAAGAAGGGGCAGUGAAGGGGGCAUUUAGGAGGUCGGUGGAUGGGAAAAGGGAUUGGGAAGGAAAAUAAUUGAUCAGAUAAAAUUUUAUGUUUGUAAUUGCAGCAAAUUGGCGGGAAAUGAAUGGAUUUUAAAGGGGGAGGAGUUGUUGGAAUGUUUUAUGUAAUUUUAUUGGUUGAUUAUAAUUAUAUAGGGAUUUUUUUGUAUUGAAAUUUUAAUUAAAACAAAAGCAUUGAAUCUCAAUUUAAAUAACAAAAUACAUUA